GCAGUAUAUGAGUGAGUAAGCAAAACAUCACCACACCCCUUCUCAAUCUGAAAGAUAGAAACUUUAAGCCUUUGAUCCAAACCCAUUUACCGUACGGACGGUUUCUAACACUUCUCGCCGGAAAAAGCUGACUUGGGUCGCCGGAGAGUUGAUUCCAUGGACGUUGACUCGUGGGCUUCCAGGGUUCAAGCAGCCAAGAGCCUCUCUGCUGCCCAUGCUGCUCGGCUUCACUAUGAUAAUCAUAUGGCUUCGGAAGAUUCCGAAGGAGAUGACGAUGCAAAAUCUUGUUUUCCAUGUCCUUUCUGUUAUGUGGAUAUUGAAGUCCCAAUGCUCUGCAACCACUUGGAGGAAGAACACUGCUUUGACUUUAAAAAUGCAGUUUGUCCUAUGUGUGCAGCAAAUCUAGGGAAAGAUGUAAUUGGACAUUUUAUGGUGCACCAUGCAAGCUCCUUCAAGCACAGGAGAAAAUCUCAAAAAGCGGGUAUGUGGACUGGUAGUUCAGCAAUGCUUGGAAAGGCGCUGCUGAAGAAUGGAAGGGCAUCUGCACAUGAAUCUGCACCUGAUCCUCUCCUCUCACCAUUUAUCUGCAAUAUAUCUUUUUCAGACCCUACUGGUAUUCAGGAAGAUGUUUGUUCCGAUAUCAAUGCCCCUAUCACUUCCAGCUUGAAAAGUGCUAAGUCAUCUUCACCAGAUGAAGGCUGUGAAAAGGAUAAAGAAGAGCGAAGGCAGAGAGCAGCUUUCGUGCAACAGUUGAUUACAUCAACCGUAUUCUUGGAUCUAUGAAUUCUUCAGAGCACAAAAUUUUCCGGAAAAAGCAGAAGACUGAUCUUAUCUUAGUCACCAAGAUCAUGCAGUAUACACAGUGGGGAAUGGUUUUAGGAAGUCAUAUAGUUUAUAUAUUAGGUAAGAUAGAGUAGUUGUCUUUGGAUGGGGACAAUUAAGGAAAUAUGUAUACACUGUGUACAAUCUAUCCUUAUGUCUAUUUAUAUAAACAGCCUGUUUCAAAGGCUGACUUUCCAUAA